AUGGAACCCACUAAACAAACUCUCCUAGUCGGCGGCCUCCUCGUCGAUGUCUACUCCCACCCCACUUCGAGACCCAGCUCCACAGAUCCCAUCCACGCGCUCUUUUUCCUCCACGGCCGCUUCGGAAGCGCACAAGAAAGUUACGUUGUUAAUAUUAUUAAAGCUAUUUUCGAUGAGAGUUAUGGCCCUGGAAUCGGGUGGGGGGAGAGAGGAAGAAAGAUCUUAUCGCCGUUGCCUUUGAACCAUGGGUCGAGACUCGUGGACCAGAAGCGGAAUUUGGCGUGGAGCGAGGAUCCGGCUAAGAAUAAUGAUCAGCAUGCCGUCGACAUGUAUACCAUCCAAACUGGUACAGCAGAAGACGUGUCUUUCAUAAUCGACCAUCUUCCCUCAUUCCUCUAUCCCUCGGGUGAACGGACGAUUGCAGAAUGGGGUAUAUGCGGUGUGAGCCUCGGAGGUCAUUCGACGUGGAUUGCCCUUUCUCGAGAACCCCGCCUCACUCUCGGAAUCCCCAUAAUCGGGUGCCCAGACUACACGAAGCUCAUCUCCCAACGCGCCCGAUCCUCAGGCAUUCCAUUCUCCCCGCCCUACUUCCCCGACUCCUUCAAAACAUACAUAGAAACGCACGACCCCGCACAACUGCCGUACCGCGCCAAGGACACUUCUAAUCCAUUUUUAGGGAAGAAGGUUUUGGUGCUUUCGGGGAAGGAGGAUAAGCUUGUGCCGUGGGUGGCGUCGGCAGAGUUUGUGGAUGGUCUUGAAGUUGGGGAGGGGGGUGUUAAGAGGGUUGUGGUGGAGGAGGGGGCGGGGCAUGAGUGUACGAGUGGGAUGCGGAAGGAGGCUGGGUUGUUUGUGAGGAAGUGGUUGAGUGGUGCGGGGUUGUGA